AUCUGCUGAACGAUUACAAUCUUAAGCAGUUAAGAGGACGAAGGGGGCGCAGUGUUUCUACCAAAAUACAAAAAAUAUUUUUUCAGGUAAGUAUUCAAGAGCCAGUAAAAGUCAGAUGGAAGCUAACAUUUUUUCUUCCUUUUUUUUUCUUCUUUUCCUCAUUUUGUUUAUUUUCCUACUUUCUAUAAAAAAACCAAAGUUCUCCCACUUUCGAUGUGAAUUGUCUUUUUAAAAAAAAUUCUUCUUCUAACAUAAAACUCUCAAUAAAUAUAUUUAUAAAAAAAGAAAAGGUAGCAUCUAGCCUUCCAAGCAGAAGAGCAUGUUACCCCUUUAAACUCCUGUGCCUCUUCCUUGCAGGAUUCUUGAGUUUGUAGAUUAGAAAGGCCCAGGACCUCUCUGGCUGAGAAUUAUAAAGCACCCCCCCCCCCCAAAAAAAAAACCCACACCCACACACACACACACAACUUGCAGUGUAAGAAAUCACACACAGAAUCUUUGGACACCGUCUCUGUUGUACCUGAGGAGGGAUUGUUCUCAAUGUGCUUUUGAUUAAUUGGUUUCAACAGGACUUGGCUUCAUUAGCCCUAACUUCAUAUCUGGCUCUUGCACUUUGUUAUUAGCCCCGCCCGUGUAGUAUACUGGACAGGUCCUGCCCAAGCUACUUAGCUCUCAACAUGCCCACUGUGACAAACUAUUGCCGGGUUGUUGUUUUAUGUUCACAUAUCUGUAAUUUUGUUUUUGGAUUUGGUCCCCAUGUAAAUUGCCCCGAGUAUCUCCGGAGAGAUGGGGCGGGAAAUAAGAAUAAAGUUGUUGUUGUUGUUGUGUUCCAUGAGAUCUUUCUCUGUUCAAUUCUUGAAGAGAUUUUCCUCUCAUUUGUCUGGCAGGCAACUUCUGGACAAGUUCUGCAAAGAACACCUUGUGAGAGCUUUGCCUGAGAAGUGCUCUAAGUCUAAAGUGACUUCAAAAUACACAGCAAUGACAACAAGAACAAAUAAGUAGUAGAAAAAUAUAUUUCAAGCUGCAUACCUGUUCAAUUAAGGGGAGGAAAUAAGAUUGUGCUGAAAAAGACAGGCUUGGAAAAGCAAGAAGAAGGCUACAACAAAACAAAGUCUGUGCUGUUCAGGAGGUUAUAUCUGUGAACACCUGACAUAAUAUUUGAAUUAUAAAUAUAAAAGAAUGGCAAGUCCUCUACCUCCCUAUCCUAGAUCACAAACACGGGAGAAGUUACAUCAGUGUGUGGAAUGUGGAAAACAAUUUGAUAGGAAAGGUUAUCUUACUAGACAUGAACGGACCCACACAGGGGAGAAGCCUUAUAAAUGCAUGGAAUGUGGAGGAAGCUUCAGUCAGAGUGGCAGUCUACGUUCCCAUCAAAGGACCCACACAGGGGAGAAGCCCUAUAAAUGCAUGGAAUGUGGAGGAAGCUUCAGUCGGAGUGGACAUCUACAUUCCCAUCAAAGGACCCACACAGGGGAGAAGCCAUAUAAAUGCAUGGAAUGUGGAGGAAGCUUCAGUCAGAGUGGCAGUCUACGUUCCCAUCAAAGGAAGCACACAGGGGAGAAGCCAUAUCAAUGCAAAGAAUGCGGAGAAAGCUUCAGUCACAGUGCAGGUCUGCGUAACCAUCAAAAGACCCACACAGGGGAGAAGCCACACAAAUGCAUGGAAUGUGGAAAGAGCUUCAGUCAGAGUGGCAGUCUACAUUCUCAUCAAAGGACCCACACAGGGGAGAAGCCAUAUAAAUGCAUGGAAUGUGGAAAGAGCUUCAGUCAGAGUAGCAGUCUGCGUUCCCAUCAAAAGACCCACACAGGGGAGAAGCCAUAUAAAUGCAUAGAAUGUGGAAGAAGCUUCAGUCGCAGUGACACUCUACGUUUCCAUCAAAGGAAGCACACAGGGGAGACGCCAUAUAAAUGCAUGGAAUGUGGAAAGAGCUUCUGUCGGAGUGCAAGACUGCAUAACCAUCAAAAGACCCACACAGGGGAGAAGCCACACAAAUGCAUGGAAUGUGGAAAGAGCUUCCGUUGGAGUGGCAGUCUACGUUCCCAUCAAAGGAAGCACACAGGGGAGAAGCCAUAUCAGUGUAUGGAAUGUGGGAAACAAUUUGAUAGGAAAAGUUCUCUUACUGUACAUGAACGGACCCACACAGGGGAGAAGCCACAUAAAUGCAUGGAAUGUGGAGAAAGCUUCAGUCAGAGUGGAAAUCUACGUUUACAUCAAAGGAAGCACACAGGGGAGAAGCCACAUAAAUGCAUAGAAUGUGGAGAAAGCUUCAAUCAGAGUGGAAAUCUACGUUUACAUCAAAGGACCCACACAGGGGAGAAGCCAUAUAAAUGCAUGGAAUGUGGAAAGAGCUUCAGUCAGAGUUGCAAUCUACGUUCCCAUCAAAGGACCCACACAGGGGAGAAGCCAUUUAAAUGCAUAGAAUGCGGAAAAAGCUUCAGUCAGAGUUCUCAUUUGCGUACCCAUCAAUGGAAGCACACAGGGGAGAAGCCACAUAAAUGUACGGAAUGUGGUAAGAGCUUUAGACAAAGUUCAGCAUACAUUAGACAUCACAGAACUCACACAGGGGAGAAACCACAUAAAUGUGUGGAAUGUGGAAAGAGCUUCAGUCAGAGUGGACAUUUGCGUAUCCAUCGAAGGAUCCAUACAGGGGAAAAACCUCAUAAAUGCAUGGAAUGUGGAAAGAGUUUCAGUCAGAGUGCAAGUCUGUGUGCCCAUCAAAAGAUCCACACGGGGGAAAAACCACAUAGCUGCUUGGAAUGUGGAAAGAGCUUCAGUCACAGUGCAAGUCUUCAUGCCCAUCAAAGGACCCACACAGGGGAGAAGCCACAUAAAUGCAUGGAAUGUGGAAAGAGCUUCAGUGAGAGUGGAAAGUUACGCUCCCAUCAAAGGACCCACACAGGAGAGAAGCCACAUAAAUGCAUGGAAUGUGGAAUAACCUUCAGUCAGAGUGGACAUUUACGCUCCCAUCAAAGGACCCACACAGGGGAGAAGCCACAUAAAUGCAUGGAAUGUGGAAAGAGCUUCAGUCAGAGUGGAGAUCUGCGUACCCAUCAAAGGACCCACACAGGGGAGAAGCCACAUAAAUGCAUGGAAUGUGGAAAGAGUUUCAGUCAGAGUGGAAGUCUGCGUACCCAUCAAAGGACUCAUACAGGGGAGAAACCACAUAAAUGCAUGGAAUGUGGAAAGUGCUUCAUUGAGAGUGGAAAACUGCGUUCCCAUCAAAGGACCCACACAGGAGAGAAGCCACAUAAAUGCUUGGAAUGUGGAAAGUGCUUCAGUGACAGUACGAAUCUGCGUAACCAUCAAAGGACCCACACAGGGGAGAAGCCACAUAAAUGCAUGGAAUGUGGAAAGAGCUUCAGUCAGAGUGGACAUUUGCAUAUCCAUCAAAGGACCCAUACAGAGGAGAAGCCACAUAAAUGCAUUAAAUGUGGAAAGAGCUUCAGUUACAGUUGCAGUCUGCGUUCCCAUCAAAGGACCCACACAGGGGAGAAGCCUUAUAAAUGCAUGGAAUGUGGAAAGAGCUUCAGUCAGAGUGGAGAUUUGCGUAUCCAUCAAAGGACCCACACAGGGGAGAAGCCACAUAAAUGCAUUGAAUGUGGAAAGAGCUUUAGUUACAGUUGCAGUCUGCGUUCCCAUCAAAGGACCCACACAGGGGAGAAGCCACAUAAAUGCAUGGAAUGUGGAAAGAGCUUCAGUCAGAGUGGACAUUUUCGUAUCCAUCAAAGGACCCACACAGGGGAGAAGCCACAUAAAUGCAUUGAAUGUGGAAAGAGCUUUAGUUACAGUUGCAGUCUGCGUUCCCAUCAAAGGACCCACACAGGGGAGAAGCCACAUAAAUGCAUGGAAUGUGGAAAGAGCUUCAGUCAGAGUGGAGAUCUGCGUAUCCAUCAAAGGACCCACACAGGGGAGAAGCCACAUAAAUGCAUUGAAUGUGGAAAGAGCUUCAGUAACAGUUGGAGUAUGCAUAUCCAUCAAAGGACCCACACAGGGGAGAAGCCUCAUAAAUGCAUGGAAUGUGGAAAGAGCUUCAGUCACAGUGGGAAUCUGCGUGCCCAUCAAAGGACCCACACAGGAGAGAAGCCACAUAAAUGCAUGGAAUGUGGAAAGAGCUUCAGUCAGAGUGGACAUUUGCGUAUCCAUCAAAGGAGCCACACAGGGGAGAAGUCACAUAAAUUCAUGGAAUAUGGAAAGAGCUUCACAAAGGUUCACAGUGCAUUGGACAUCAAAGAACACAGCUAGAAAAGACCUGCCUUUAUGUUUCGUAGUUCUGCUAAAAAAUCUCCCCAAUCACGGGUCCCAGGCAGAAAAAAUGGGAGAAUGGACAGAAAAAGCAAGGCUGCCACCUUGCUCUCUAUCUGUCAUGUACAGAACUUUGUUUUUUUCUGGCUUGACUGAUUCUGGCAGCAGGUCUCCCAUAGAGAAGGAUUUUUCUCAGUAUUGCAACCACCUUGGAUGGGGUUAACCUGACCUUUUCCGCCUCAAGAAAAGCAUCACACUCUCCUGGGAUGAUCUGUGAAGGCUUUCUGAAAUGAGCAGCAGCUGAGAUCUCAUGACAAAAGAGUUUUCGAAAAGAAUUGCUCUUUUGUAACAUAUAACGUCAUGCAUCUUGCCCUGGAUCUUGGCUCUGCUGCCCCUCGAAUAGAAUUCUUGACUCUGGCCUUGUUCCUAUAAUCCUGUUCUGUACUCUUGUACCCUGAAUCGUUGACUUUAAAUUCUGUACUGACUGCUUGGCUUGAUUUAUGGACUUGGACUUCAGUUUGUACCCCUGCAAACUGAUUGAACUGUUUUUACUGUUAUUUUAUGAUACUGUUUUUAUUAUGUUAGUUUGUUCAUGACAUUUUAUGUUGUUUUGACAACUGACUGUUUUGUACAUGCUGGAAACAGCCCUGAGGCUUUCGAGGAGAUGGAGCAGUAUAUAAAUAAAGGUUUAUUAUAUAUGAUUAUUUAUUAUUACAUCUGGAUUGUGACCUUGGCCAAUCUUUGUGUAUUUGUAAAUUGUGUGGUCAUAUUUUUAAUUGUAAGCCGCUUUGGGUUAUAAAUAAACAUAAUGAUAAUAAUGAUGAUGAUAAUGAUUAAUAAUAAUAAUAAUAAUAAUAAUAAUGCCUUCUUAUAGUAAACCCCCUGUAGUAAUUGAGACUGUUUAGUCAUUACCAUUGGCAAAAUGUUCAUUAGGAUACACAGCAUCUCUCCCUAAUUGUAGAGAAUGGAAGACAAAGAAUGAUGACAUCGGCAGAUGAAGAUUCUUGAAUCUGUUGAGAUAGACAAUUUAACUAAGCUGAUGAAGGAAAAUAAUUGUAUAACUACACGUAAGAUUGGGACCUUCUAAUUUACUAGUUAUAAUAAUGAGGGGGCAUUUGUUUGUUGUGGCUUUUAGGAAUUAGUUUAAUAUAAUUUAAAAUGGAAGAGUAAAUAUAGAACAACAUUUGAAGUAAGUAAACAGAGAUAAGAACCAGCAUGCAGCAAGAGUUUUGUAGAUUCAUUUUUCUAUUAGUUUUGUUCUUAUGUAGGUAUGUGUUGUGAGUCUUUUAUGUUUCUUAAGUAGUUCUUUUCAUAAAAAGAAUGCCAAAAUCGUUAUUUGUAUAAGCAUGCUUUUGUUUUUCUUUCUUGUCUUUGAAUAUAAAUUCUUUUUUUUAAAACAGAGUGUGAUGUGGCAGCUAUAAAUGCCAAUGUGAUUCUAGGCUGUACCAAUAGGAGCAUAGUUUCUGUAUCCAAGGAAGUCACAGCCCCCUUUCUUCUGCUUUGGCCAGACCUCACCUGGAAUAACCCUGUCUCUGUUUUUCAGUAGCACAACUCAAGAUGGAUAUUGACAAGCUAGAAUAUCUCCAGAGAUGGGCUGUAGGGAAUGGCUGAGAGAGCUGGGUAUGUUUAGCUUCGAGUAAAGAAGGAAGGGCUUCUCCCUUGGCAGGGAGGGAGGAGUAGGCCAUCAAAUGUUUGUUUGGGUGAAUAAGACCCCCUGACUGUCAGGUAUAAAAGGAUGUAAUAGAUAAGAGUGCAUUACACAUACCUCCAGUGUGGAAAAAUACAGUUCUCGAUAGACAUGUGUUCGCAGCACAGUACUCUAAAGGGUUAAGGAAACAGAGAAGAUGAUCCUAGAGGGACAGCUGAGGCAUUUCCUGUCCUCUGGAGGGAAGCAUGGGAGGGGCUUGUAUGUGCACGACUCUCUGCCACAUGCGGCUUGAUAUCUGCUAGUUGUUAGAGGCCUUGCCACAGUUUUCUGCAGAUGUAAUCCAUCGUCAUCCUUGUUGUAUGAAGUUCUCAUUGUGUUUGUAUCUUUGUAUAUUAAGAAAAGACCUGUAAAUAGUUAUCAGUAGUGAAUAAAUCAAGAAUAAAACCUCCAAGGAUUUUGGAUGAAA